ACGAUUCCUAUGCAGUCUACGAUUCCCCAUCAGUCAACGGCUCCUAAUCAGUCAACGAUUCCAAUGUCACCUUUAGUCACUACAGCGACACGAAGAAACAAUAUAGUGUUACCACCACCAGAACCAACGAUUUCAUAUCCUGAUUAUUCAAAGCCCGCGACAGCUCCACCAAGAAAGUGGUUUGCGCCACCUGUCUUACCAUUUCGAUCUACGUUCAGUGCACCAUUGGAUGAACCCCUGCAUACUACGUCUACAAAUCCGGAGAAACAAAUGAAUUCGGAUAUUAACAAUCAAUCAAAGAACCCUGAUGCAGAUAAUAAUACUGUGAGCCCUGAAAAUUCAGUGAGAACGAACCUGCAAGAAGAUUUGAGUGAAAACCCCACUAGCGAAAUGAUUAUAACAAAAGAGAAAAAUACUACAUCUUUAACUAUAGAAGAACCUCAAGAUGAACAAGAAAAAGAGCAAUCGCAAAGUUCAUCAUCGAGCAAUUCUUCCUCUUCCUCGUCCGAGGAGGAAGAAAUAUCCUCAUCGUCGGCAAGAACAAAAGCUAAGAGGAAAGAAAUUUCAUCUGCAACGUCAUCGACAUCAUCAUCUGAGUCAGAAACUAUUCAAAUAACAGUUAAAAAAAAUAAAAGCAAGAAAGAAGUUACUAUUUCUAAAGACGCAAUCAACAAGAAAAGAUCCCGAGAACGUCAACGAGAAAGAGAAGCGGCCAUAGCUGCAUCUUCACGGAAGAAAUUUAGGAAGGAAAUUCGUAAAGGGUCACUCAGUAGUAGUAGUAGUAGUUCUACAGAUGAGGAUUCGAUCGCUCCUCGAAGAUCUCGUCCAAUUAAUGAUAGGAGACGCUAUCCAAAGCCUCCAACGAAACGAAUCACCCGUAAUGCUGCUCGUGAAGCAGCAAAUGCGCCUGCUAAAGAUCCUAAGGAGAAGAAAAAGUGGGUGAGACGUAGAUAAGCUUGAAACUGUUAAUUGGUAAAAACUAUGUAUAUAGUUAGUUUAGAAGUGAUGC